UCAGUUAGAAAUAUUGCAUAUUGAUCUUAUCUUCUUCCUUCUUUGCCUACAUAUGAAGACCUCUCUCUCUCUCUCUCUCUCUCUCUCUCUCCUAGGUUAGUCUUCUUGUAAGUUCUGCAUCUGCAGCAUGGGGGAAGCUCAUGAACAUACACUAAAGAUUGAAGGUCAUGAAGCCAAAGAAGCAAGUCCACCAGAAAAUGCCAAUGUCAACCACCACUCAACAGUCCCAAAGCUUAGACAGUACAAGUGGUGGAUCCAAAUGGUUAUUUUCUCUCUCCUAGUCCUCUCUGCCCAGUCAGCUGCCACACUCCUGGGAAGACUCUACUUUGACAAAGGUGCAAAGAGCAAAUGGAUGGCAACCCUAGUCCAAACCGCAGGCUUUCCGAUCCUUAUUCCCUUUCUCUUCUUCUCACCAACCAAACAUGGGAUUGCACAAAGUAACCAAACAACACCACCUUCUACCUUAAUCCUUGUCUCUUUUUAUACCUUUCUUGGUCUAUUCCUAGCAGCAUUUUGUAUGCUGUACACAAUUGGGCUCCAAUACCUUCCAGUGUCUACUUAUUCUCUCAUCAGUGCAAGUCAACUGGGCUUCAAUGCAAUCUUUUCCUACUUCCUUAAUGCCCAAAAAUUCACUCCUUUUAUAGUGAACUCUUUAGUCCUCCUCACCAUUUCCUCCACACUCCUUGUUUUCCAAAAUGAUGACUCUGGAGACUCCAAUAAGACCUCGAAAGGGAAGUACACGAUCGGGUUCAUGUGCACUGUUGCUGCAUCUGCAGGUUAUGCAUUGAACCUCUCUAUAACCCAGCUCGCUUUUCGAAAAAUUCUUAAGAGGGAAACUUUUAGAGUGGUCAUGGAUGUAAUAAUCUACCAAUCUCUUGUAGCAACGUGCGUGAUCCUAGUGGGACUUUUCUCAAGUGGGGAAUGGAGGAAUUUGAGAAGAGAGAUGAAAGAAUAUGAACUUGGCAACUUAUCGUACGUAAUGAACUUGGUAUGGAUUGCUGUGAUAUGGCAAGUGUUUAGCAUUGGGGCAACUGGGCUGAUUUUUAAGGUCUCUUCACUGUUUUCUAAUGUCAUAAGUACCUUGGGUUUGCCCAUUGUUCCGGUUCUUGCCGUCUUCAUUUUCCAAGACAAGAUGAGUGGACUGAAGGUGGUUGCAAUGUUGUUGGCCAUUUGGGGUUUUGCAUCUUAUAUCUAUCAGCAUUAUCUCGAUGAUUUGGAAUUAAAAGCUAGAAGUAGAAUUGUUAAUGAAGUUUCUCUAGUUGAAAGAGCUUAGAUACUAUUUGAGAUCGCUGUUUACAUUUAUCUUUAAUUGUUUACUUAUUUGGGAAAUUUGAUAAGUUGCGCUUGUUUUGAAAAUUAUUUUUUUUUUCUAUUUUGUUUGACUUUUUCUUAUUCUAACAAGCAUAAUUACAUGCAUAAUAGUAUACUCGGGCACAUAUGAAUGUAUAGGUAAACU